UGAAAUGUCAAAUUUUUAUGUCAAAAUCAAAAUCUCUUUCGGGAGGAAGUGAAUUGCUCUCGAAAACGAACUGUUUAAUUUACUGAAAAUGUUCGAUAAAGUUUUCCAACGCGCGUUAAAGUUUCGCCUAAAGAAAACAUAUCCAACGAAUAUAUAUGAUCUCACUCGCGGGGCGGCCAUCGCUGUCCGGCGUCCGUAUAGUGAUGAAGUUCGACGCGCUCAAGCUCAAAGUGUAGCGGCGCCGGGUCCAACGAUAUUCGACAAAAUAAUUUCAAAAGAAAUCAAAGCUGACAUAAUUUACGAGGAUGACCUCUGCCUCGCAUUCAACGACAUCAGCCCCCAAGCGCCAGUUCAUUUCUUGGUCAUACCGAAGCGGCGAAUUGCUCGGCUCCAAGAUGCUGUUGAUAAUGAUAAAGAGAUCCUGGGCCACUUGAUGCUAGUGGCGCGGUCUUUGGGCGCAGCGAGGGCACCGGCUGGCUGGCGUCUUGUGGUGAACAAUGGACGCCACGGCGCCCAGUCUGUCUACCACCUCCAUCUCCACGUCCUGGGUGGACGCCAGAUGGGAUGGCCACCAGGCUAACUGACCUCAUCAGGUGAUUGAAGAAAUGAGAGGGCGAUAUUUGUUAAAAAAUCUCACCCUUCAGUGCCUUAGACCUUUUUCUAAUAGUAAAGGGUACAACAUAUUUAGGUAGAAACAUAUAGCUUUGUAAAAUGUAGCUCAGUGACUAUAAAAGCACAAAUGUAUUAUUGUAUUUCAAUUUGUCCUUUACAAUAGAAUGUUGCCAGUGAUUAAAUAUAGAAAUCCAGGUAGUUUCGGCUA